GAUAGAGCUUUUAAUCGACAGGAACUGCCAAAUUUCCCCAAGUGAUUCUGCAACUAGUGGCGGACAAAAAAGGUGCUAAAUAGGCGCCUGGAGCUGUGAGCGGACUACCAUCAUUGCCCCGGAAUAUUUAGCACUUUUUUUAGCGGCAAGUAUUUGGCAACAGGUUGCAGGGACUAAGUAAUUUCUGGGAUGAGCUGUGCGGCGCCACGAUGUCGGACGCCGUGUGGGCCCUGUGGGUCCAGCUGUAAGCCCUGCAGCGGAGGUGGUUGCUGCGGAUCUGGCUGCGGAUCCGGGUGCGGAUCUUGCGGCGAGGGUGGUUGCUGUUGCGGGGGUGGAUCCUGCGGUGCAUCCUGCGGCGGAUCCUGCGGAGGAUGCUGCGGCCCGCCGCCCUGCGCUGUGGUCUCGUACCGCCUGACCUGCGGCCCCGUGGGUCCCCUGUUGCCCUGCAUGAAGUGCACCUGCAACUGCGGAUGCGGGUGCGGAUGUGCCCCGCCCUUCUAUUUCGUGCCGAACAAGUGCAAAAACUGCUGGGAGUGGGGCUGCUUCGGACCCCUGUACUAGUACCCUGUAGUACCCUGUUGUUGCACUUUUGAUGGAACUUUUCAUAUUUUUGAAUGCAAUAAAUUCACGUGUCAGCCAGA